CUGUGUCUUGUGCGAUACAACACACAUGGCCAAGAAGAACCUCGAGCUGCACGACGCCCUCAUCGCCGUCAUCGGCGACGAGGACACUGUCACCGGGAUGCUCCUCGCCGGCGUCGGAAACAUCGACGCGCGCAAGGCGUCCAACUUCGUCAUCAUCGAGGAGGCCUUCACCCGCUUCACAUCCCGCUCCGACAUCGCCGUCCUCCUCAUCAACCAGUACAUCGCCACGAUGAUCCGGCGAGACUUGCUCGACACGAGCACCCCUACGACCCGUCGCAAGACGCCAUCCACAGGCGCGAGGCGCACCAAGCUGCUGCUCGGCAUCCGCGACUAGCCUCCCCUCGCCCUUGCCUCCCCUCGCCCUUGCCGCCGCGCCCUCACCCCGCCGGGCUGGUGAGGCGGGGGGGGGGGGGGGGGGGGGGGGAGGGG